AUGCCGCAGGUGUUAUAUGUAGUGAACACGCCAUUCGAGGAUACGAACGACUCUGUGCGUCUCACUAAUGGUGACCCCGACUAUAAGGGACGUGUGGAGAUCCUUCAUUCGUCAUUUUGGGGGACUGUCUGUGGCGACUAUUGGGACGAUCUUGACGCUCUGGUUGUGUGUAGAGAACUAGGAUACAGUGAGGGGGCCCCUAUAUUCAAUGUUGAUCCGGGAUCGGGUCCUAAGUACCUGGAAUACGUAAACUGUGUAGGAAAUGAGCUUCGGCUGAUCGACUGUCCUCGUAUUGGAUACACUAGUUCUAGUUCAGUAGAUCAAAUAGACGAAAACGCUGGAGUGAUCUGCACGGGUAGUAUUGAUGACCCUUUGGAAGGGAAUGAGUCAUCUAGAGUGCUGAAAAGAAUUUCCUGA